AUGACAAGAAGAUAUUGGAACAUAAAUUUGGAAGAGAUGAUGGAGGCAGGAGUUCAUUUUGGUCAUGGUACUAGGAAAUGGAAUCCUAAAAUGGCGCCUUAUAUCUCUGCAAAGCGUAAGGGUAUUCAUAUUACAAAUCUUACUAGAACUGCUCGUUUUUUAUCAGAAGCUUGUGAUUUAGUUUUUGACGCAGCAAGUAGGGGAAAACAAUUCUUAAUUGUUGGUACCAAAAAUAAAGCAGCUGAUUCAGUAGAGUGGGCUGCAAUAAGGGCCCGGUGUCAUUAUGUUAAUAAAAAAUGGCUUGGCGGUAUGUUAACGAAUUGGUCCACUACAGAAACAAGACUUCAUAAGUUCAGGGACUUGAGAAUGGAACAAAAAACAGGGAGACUCAACCGUCUCCCGAAAAGAGAUGCAGCUAUGUUGAAAAGACAAUUAUCUCGCUUGCAAACAUAUCUGGGCGGGAUUAAAUAUAUGACAGGGGUACCCGAUAUUGUAAUCAUCGUUGAUCAGCACGAAGAAUAUACGGCCCUGCGAGAGUGUAUUACUUUAGGAAUUCCAACAAUUUGUUUAACCGAUACAAAUUGUGACCCCGAUCUCGCAGAUAUUUCAAUUCCAGCGAAUGAUGACGCCAUAUCCUCAAUCCGAUUAAUUCUUAACAAAUUAGUAUUCGCAAUUUGUGAGGGUCGUUCUAGCUAUAUAAGAAAUCCUUGA